AUCAUGGGUAAGAAAGUGUCCAUGCAGCUGCGUCUGCGUGGUGCGAGCCGACAGUCAGCUGAACACGCGUGUUCGGACAACACAGAAAAAAGCGUGGUCCUCUUUAGAUUACGCUUUAAACCAUAAUAAUGAAGCCAGGGUUCAGUCCUCGUGGCGACCGAGGUGGUCGUGGGGGUUUCGGUGGGAGAGGAGGUGGCGGCUUCGGUGGUGGAGGAGGAGGAGGCUUCCGUGGUGGAAGAGGAGGCUUCGGUGACCGAGGUGGUAGAGGCGGAGGAGGAUUCCGGGGAGGAAGAGGAGGCGGUGGUGGUUUCAGGUCGCCAAGCGGUGAGGGUGGCUUUCGUGGUCGAGGUGGAGGACGGGGCACCCCAAGAGGAAGAGGUGGACGCGGAGGUGGCGGCGGCUUCAGAGGCGGGAGGAAGGUCAUGGUGGAGCCCCACAGACAUGAGGGCGUGUUUAUUUGCCGUGGAAAGGAAGAUGCCCUGGUUACAAAGAACAUGGUGAUUGGAGACUCUGUUUAUGGAGAAAAAAGAAUAAAUGUUGAAGAAGGAGAAACUAAGAUUGAGUACAGAGCAUGGAAUCCCUUCCGCUCGAAAUUGGCUGCCGCCAUCCUGGGGGGUAUUGACCAGAUCCACAUCAAGCCCGGCACUAAAGUGAUGUACCUGGGAGCCGCGUCAGGAACCACAGUCUCUCAUGUGUCAGACAUUGUUGGCCCGGAUGGCCUGGUGUACGCAGUGGAGUUCUCUCACAGAUCAGGCAGAGAUCUGCUAAAUGUUGCCAAAAAGAGGACCAACAUCAUUCCCAUCAUCGAGGACGCCAGACAUCCCCACAAAUAUCGCAUGCUUGUUGGCAUGGUGGAUGUUAUAUUUGCUGACGUUGCCCAGCCUGACCAGACGAGAAUUGUGGCUCUUAACGCACACAACUUCCUGAAGAAUGGAGGCCAUUUUGUCAUCUCAAUAAAGGCAAACUGCAUUGAUUCAACGGCGGCACCAGAGGCCGUAUUUGCAGCAGAAGUGAAAAAGAUGAGUGCCGAAAACAUGAAACCACAAGAGCAGCUGACACUGGAGCCUUAUGAGAGAGAUCAUGCAGUUGUUGUGGGCAUUUACAGACCACCCCCCAAACAGAAGAAAUGAGUUCGUUUAUAUGUUUUUCACAUUUUAUUUUAUGGACCUUUUUUCGCCUGAUGGCUGUUGUAACAACUUUUGCCCAGCAGAGGACGCACCUACAGUGUGCAAUGGACGCUUAUUACGCUUGUAUGUUCAACUACCCGGCCAUGCACUCUCCUGGUAUACUCCAGAAGCUACCCAUGGCUUACUGUUUCCAGAAACAUUUUGUAAAUCUGUAAAAGUAUAUGUUAUUGCUUUUGAUGAAUUAUUGAGUACCGUUGAAAUGACGUAAUGGUUAGAGCAUAGUGGACAUUUAUUCUCUUAACCAAAAGAUUAUUUUCCAGUUUCAAGAAGUCAUUGUGUGUAGAAGAAUACAUGUGAAAAGUUUAUCAGCCUGUUUUGAAAGGACUGAGGCAUUUGGAUGUGUUUUUGGUUAUAAGUGUACUGUUUUUUAAUUAAAUUUAUUUCACUAUAACAGAC